UAAUAGACCGUAAGUGCCCCCCCGUAACGAGACGGCAUGGCGACGGAAGACAUCAGCGAUAUGGAAUUUUAUGCGGAGUGUUGCCGGGCAUUCGGUGUCCCAGGGUGGGUGGCCCCACUGAUGUGCGCUGCAUCCAGGCUAAAGAGCGACAAAGCCCGGCGGAAGAAGACAUAUAAACUCAUCCACUACAAACUAUUCAAGUAUAAAGUUGGCUGUGGUAAAAGUAAUCGGAAUCGUCCCACGUACGUAUAUCCGCGGGAGGUGAAAGGGCUGAUACGCACGGUGUGGCCAGAGGGCGUCUGCGACUACCCGGAUCCCAGCCACUCAAAGGAUUGGUCGCUUUCGGAGUCAUACCCGGAAGAGGCGGGACAUAACAAAGGUCGCCAUUGUGGCUCCAAUGGUCGCGGCUACGCAUAUUAUAGGUCGCGUUCUGUACGGUGUAUUGUUCAAGGGAGGAAUCCUGCAGCUGCCUCCUCUGGCAGUGAAAGGCAUCACACGCGUACCAUUGUCAAUACGCAGUUCCAUUCAUUCAACGCAGCCUGCAAUGUCGGAACUGAUCUCCGUGGACUACGAGGUGUUCGGGGAAGUGCAAGGUGUUUUCUUCCGAAAGUAUACAGAGCAAGAAGGAAAAAGACUGCAGCUAGUGGGCUGGGUGCGAAAUACCAACCGGGACACUGUGGAGGGUCAGAUCCAAGGUCCGAAGGAGACUGUGGAAAAGAUGAAGGACUGGCUGAGGAAUACCGGGAGUCCCAUGUCGCGCAUCGACAAAGCCACGUUCGCUAACGAGCACGCCAUCCCUGCACUGCAGUUCACCUCCUUUGCCACUAGAUACUGACGUGUUUUUGCCACUGCACGCCAGCCGCAGUGGUCCACAGUGUCGAGGCGACACCGUCUGAUGGCUUUGUAAAGGAAAAUCACUGACUGACUAACAGCAUUACGGAGUCACAGGCUAGAAAGCAGGAGAAAAGGCAAUGCCAUGUACGCUUGAAAUUAUUGUUAUAACGAAGCACCUGAAAACCUCACUUCAACAGCAGUGAUAUUACUCUAGGACUAUACUGUGUAAUGUGUUAUUUGAAACCAAUAAAAUAAAAACAGAAA